AUAGCUGCUAAGCGGUAUGCCCGUGGUCCCGGUCUGUCCCGCUGGCCGUGUUUACGGACGGCAUCGAUCAUCGAGGGGACUCGGAAGAUGCCCUCGCCGGGUCGUAGGGGAUGCUGGACCGAGUGGUGCCAGGUCAUCCUUUUCGGCGCAUCGGUCCUCGUUAUUCUGGCUGAGAGAACCGCAAUUGCCUACUGUUUGGUGUACUACCUGUGGUUCGGGCACACGCUCUGGGCAGCCCUGACUCUGACUCUGGCCUUGCCGGGGUCCAUCGUGCAGUUGCUCAGCUUCCUGUGGUACCAUGCGGACAGCGACCGCCACAGGUGUCUCCUGGCCCUCGUCCACCUGUUGCACUUGGGCAUCUACAAAAGAUUUGGGGACUGCAUAUCAUCAGUAUGGCACAUGCAGAGGUCAACAGGCGAGCUGGGGGCUGCAGUGAUGCAACAGGCUGACGUUUCCGCACUCCGCCUGCUGGAGGCGCUGUUGUUCACCCUCCCGCAGACCAUUCUGCAUACGUACAUCCUUGUCACCUCUGACGUCGGCCUGAUCUCACCAGUGGCGCUGUGCUGUGGCCUCUGCCUGCUGUCCUUGUCAUGGGCGCUGGUCCUCUACAGCCGGGCGUGCUGCCUGAUCCGGCCGGGGCACCUGGCCAUGCCGCCCGCCGCCCUGCUGUGCCAGCUGCUCUGGAGGGUCUGCAUGCUGGGCAGCAGGAUCGCCAGCCUCGUGGUCUUCGCACGCAUCUUCCACUGGUGGGCCUUCGGAGUAGCAGGUUUUCAUUGGCUGACGGCCUCCUUCUGGCUCGUCUCGCAACAAGCGGACAUCUGUGCCAAGCCGUGGCACUGGCGUCUUUUCAACUGUACCCUGGGGGCAGUGCAUGUCUUCUUCUUCCUCAACGUGAAGGAUGGGCCCUCCAGGUUUCGCAUGACAGGCUUUUAUUUGGUCAUGUUGCUGGAAAAUGCGACCCUUGUGCUUGCCGCUUCUGACUUCCUGAAUGGUGCAUCAUGGGAAAGCUUGAGCAUCCCCACCGCGGUGAUGUGCAGUUUCCUCCUGGGGAUGGCCUCAGUGAUUCUGUAUUACCGCUUCCUACACCCGAAAUCCACCGAGAUAUGCCAAAGAUUCGGUCAGGGCCAUGUUAGCAGGGCGUGUUUGGAGAGAGAGGAGUCGUCCUAUUCGAUGGGGGACAAGGGCCUGCCCAUCUCCACCAUUCAGGCACACAGCGGCUUUACGUUCACUGGGUCGCUGCCGGAGCGUCCGGCGAGCAGAGGUCCCAUCCCUGGAGGCCGACAUGGGCACCACCACUGGCUGCUGAUCCGCCUGGCGCUGAAGACUGGAGAUGUAGGCCGGAUCGACCUGGCCUACGGCAGCGGCGGCCUGCUCGGCAUGCUGGACGCGAGGCAGCGCAUUCCAGACAUCAAGGCGGUGGUAGUGGCCACGACGCCGGAUUUGGAGCAGAAGUGUGGCAUGGCGCCCCUCUCGGACAUGAAGGAGGACUUCCACAGCGCGAGCGAAGCGGCAUCGACUGACGCGACCCAGGAGGACGGCGAGAGCCUGGAGAUGGAAAGCCCCCUAGGGUCGCCCGUGUCCGAAUUCAAGAGGAGCUCCCCCGAAGGUAAGUCAGGACUGGGAGGGAGCCCCGAGGUCAACUUCUGCCCGACAGAGUCCAGCUCCACGCUCUACUUUAGCGCUGAGCCCCAGUCUCCCAGCAGCGCCAGCAACACUGGGCUGGACAGGGAGCCGGCUGUGCAGAUCCUAUCAGAACUGAGCCCUAUCUCAGGUGAGGCCGGCCCGUCACGCAGUAUCAGGGGCCUGCUGGGAAGGGUGGAGCCCUGCUACACAUCCACGCCGAAACUAGACUCAGCACCUCAGGAGUCCGCAGGCGGCCAUCUUGCAGGCUCCAGGAGGUUGUUCGUGUCGUCCAGGAAAAAAUGAGGACCUGAUGUUUUAAACACGUCGAGAAAAACGUUGAAAGUUAAAGUUGUAUAAGCACAAAUGCUCUGCGCGUACGAAACAAUGCCUUUGUCUGGAGAGAAUCAGGGACCUUCUUUGGAUUUACAAACAAAGUUGUCCGACAGACACUCCUGAAAUGUGGCCAGUGUACAUUUCAACACUCAAAUUGUGGACGAGAUCUUUUAGUGUCACUAUUUAAAAUGUCCUAGCUAUAUUGAAUUUGUCUUUAUUUUCAUUUGCCUUUAUAUAUCAUUUUAUGUAGGAUUUAAUAUAUAUUUUAUUCAUUUAAUGGUACAAAUAUUUAAGCUUACAAUAAUAAUAAUAAUAGUAAAUUUUAUUUCUAAUGACAUCUCUCGUACCAAAUGCGCUAAACUGUAAAAUAACCAGUUAAAACAAAGUGAGACUGUUAGUAGAAGUAAAAUAGCCAUAAGAUUAAGGAGGUGAUGAAACAGAAACCAGAGGGAAAAAAUAGAGGCUAGAAGCAAUAGGUAGAAGGAAAAAAGGUAUAAGUAAUAUAUAUAUAUAUAUAUAUAUAUAAUAAUAGUAUAAAUAAAUAAAUAAAUAAAUAGAUAGGUAAAUAAAAAUAAACUGUAGUGGAAAAAGGAAAACAGACAAGACUAAGCAAGCCAGCCUAAAUAGGUGAGCCUUCAGUAUGCAUAUACUCAUUGGAAGGAAAACUAUUUAAAUGUACAAAUUGGGUUUUUUGUAUUGUAAUUCUCUUAAUUUUUCUUUUACCUUUUGGUUUUUCAUAUUUUGUAAAUGCUUUGUAAUCCUGUAUGGCAUCCAGACUCUUGAAGGGGCUGAAUCUGCUGUGAUUGUUUUUCUGAUACUGAUAUUUUUGUGAAGUUCAUUUUGCGCCGUUUACGGAUGGCCCCGCGGCGCAGUGGAUAGCGCUGUUGUGCCCAGGGUUCGAAUUCCACCCUUGUCCUCUCUGUGGGGAGUCUGCAUGCCCUCCCCCCUUUUUCCUCAGCCCAAAGACAUGCAGGAAAUCACUAAAUCUCUAAAGUUUCUAAAUUGCCUCUAGCAUAUGCAUGCAUGUGCCCUGCGAUGGACUGCCAUCCCAUCCAGGGUUGACCCCAGCCUUGUGCCCUAUGUUGCCUAGGAUAGACUCCAAGAUGCCGUGUAACCCAGCUCAGGAUAAUCAGUUAGAAGAUGGAUUAUCUUUUCUUAAAAUGUUCUUUCCUUUUCCCCUUUAAGAGAUGAAAGCUAAUGUAUCCAUGUAAGAAUGACUGGAGCUUCUACAGUAUGGUAAUAAUAUAGCAGUAUUAAUCAUUACUGUUUUACAGAGCUCAGAUAUUUGCAUGGAUUUUAAAUCUUCGUUUCACAAUAGUUAAUUAGGCAAUAAAGAGUGGGGAGAAGGUUUCAUUCUACAGUGAGGUAGGUGAGGAGUGUCCAGCCCGACUACCGUGGGAGUGUCACACUCCUUACUCACGUGGACCCGAGUCGUCGCUGUCGUCACCGUCAAAAACGUUUCAAGCCAUAAGGUCUCAAGUCGCAUUCAGCAGGACAAGCUAGCGUGUCCCUCGCUGGUGGGACUGGGGAAGCCCGUCAACAUCUGAACUUUUUAAGGAUUUUUAAGAGAUUGUGCUUUUUUAUGAAUUUGAAAGACUCCCUCUUUAUACGGUUAAUUUUAUAUUAAUGAACGAUUCUCUUAUUGACAAUGAAGGCCAUGUGUGAAAAGGUACAGAUUUCUUUGGUCAGAAAUACAGGCACAAACUGACCACUUGGUCUAAAUAUGGUUACACUUUUCCAUAAAGUUAAUGGUAUUAUUGCUGCAUUAUUUUAAGGGAAGGUAUGAAUUUUGCAGCAAAAAAUUGAUAUGCAUUUAUUAUUUUUAUUGAUGGAUAAAGUCUCAAAUCCAUGUUAGUUGGAUAAAAUAUUCGGAAACUAAUUUAUAUAUUUAAUUAUAAUUAAUUUGUUCCCUAGCUCUUAUGUUUUAAUUUUGUAUUUGAGUUUCUGUGACAUGUUCUGAUGCAUAUAUUUAUAUCCUACUUGAUAGGCAUACUUUCAGUAUGCAUACAUACCUUUGUUAUAUUCAUAUCAGUUUUUUCUGUAUAAUUUUGAACAGAAUAGUUUUCUUGAUGUGUUUGUGAUUUUCAGUCUACGGUAUCUUUAUAUCCAUUGAAUAUUAGCAAUAAUAUUUCAUUUUAAGGUAUCUGCCACAUAUUGGAAAGAAAGAUUGUUGCUUUGUAUUUUUAUAUAAUUUGUAUGAUGUUUUAAUCAUUCGUGCAGAUUUUCUUUUUUGAUUUUUUUCUUGUGACCAAUGUGACCUGUACUGAUGGUUAUAAACUGUGGUUUUAUUUCAUAGGAAAAGCGGCUGGGCAUUGCUAAUCAUCAAUCCAUGAUCUACUGGUAAAGAUUAUUUACCAGAAGCUGAAUAAGCCUUAUGCAAUAACAGAUUGCAGGUGCUAUAAUUAAAGUGAGCUGGCUGACAUUACUCAGUUACUGUGACUUUUGUUAAAAAUAAAUUGUAUCCUC